CCUUCAUAACAACAUGGCAGCCUCUGGUACGAAGUCAGUGUUGUUCGUCUGCUUGGGGAAUAUCUGCAGAUCCCCCAUCGCUGAAGCCGUCUUCAGGAAGAUGGCGACAGAUGCUGGAGUUGUUGAUCAGUGGAGGAUAGACAGUGCUGCCACCUCCACCUAUGAGAUAGGAAACCCUCCAGACUACCGUGGCCAAGCCUGCAUGAAGAGUCAUAGCGUGCCCAUGAAGCAUGUGGCCAGACAGUGGGUCAUAGACAGUGGUGCCACAUCUGACUGGAAUAUAGGCAGCUUACCGGAUGCCCGCGGUCUGGCCUGCCUAAGGAGUCAUGGAAUAGAGACGAGCCACAGGGCCCGACAGGUGACCAAGGACGAUUUCAUGAGCUUUGACUACAUUCUCUGCAUGGAUGAGAGCAAUCUGAGCGAGUUGAACAGGAAAGCAAGACUUGUGAAAAAUGACCAUACAAAGAUUGAGCUUCUUGGUUCAUAUGACCCGCAGAAGCAGCUCAUCAUCAAAGAUCCGUAUUAUGGGAGCGAAAAAGACUUUGAACAGGUAUAUGAACAGUGUGUACGUUGCUGUAAAGUGUUCCUGGAGAAGAACUCCUAACAACAUCCGACCUGAACCAAUCUUUGCUGAAAUCUAUGGAUAAACAUGAAAAACUUCUCAAAUGUGUUUGACUGUCACACAAGCACUCAAUAAGUAUAACCCUCUUGUUUGUGUCACUGUAAGACCAGAAAAGACAUAUGUUGUAGUGUUGUAAAUGUUAUACAGAGCACAAAUUGUGUACAUUUAGAAAGAUGCUGCGUACAAAAGUUUGUAGACUGUAAAUUCAGGUGAUUAAAUAAAAUGGAUAAAAUGAG